AUGGACUCCUCAGUGGUACUAUUUGCGGUGACGUUGGUCAUUGGUUUUAUUUUCCUUAGAUGGUUAAUUUCACCCAUUCCAGAAUCAAAUGAUCUCAAUCUAGACACAUCUGCUUUGUCAAAAGAAGAAAAGGAUGAAGAAUCUUCUUCCUCUAAUGGAACUGCAUCAACAAAAAAAAGGCGGGACAAAAGACCAGUGACUGAUUCAAUGAUUGAAGUUGUACAAACUAUUGCUCCUAGAUUGACGGUGGAACAAAUUCGUUUUGAUUUAGAAAAGACGGGUUCGGUUGAGGUGACUAUCGAUAAAUACAUGGAAAACGGAGAUUUGCCCCACCCACCGAAUUAA